AUGGGACAGUAUGCUUAUGCGUUCACUCAAAGUUUUCUUCUUUUGUACAACCUUGGAACGGAUAGUGUUUCCAUGCAACUCGGUAAUCUAACCUGGCCCGACAGCUCAUUUCUUCCACGUGCUGUUGAUAUUAAUCAAGAUCUGCUCGUUGUGGUACUUGGCUACGUGGGUAAUCCGAGCAGUAAAUUUACUCCAUGUGCUUAUCUACUGAGUAGAUCCGGUUCAAAUUGGACUGUAACAGACACAUGGGUAUACAUGCCACCGACGAAUAGCUCUUGGCAAGCAAGUCUUACAAAUUGGGAUGCCAAUACCUACUCGGCCAAAUACGAUAUGUCAGCGAGCUUCAACGACGCCAAAAGUCAAGUUCUGCUCGGCAUUCAAAUAACAAACACCUUUGUAUUACUCGAUAUUGAUCGAGCUUCUAAAAGGUUUCUCUUACCGUCUCAAUCACUGUCAAAUGGAAAAGCAAUAGGAACAGGCAAAACAGUCGGUUGGCUCAAUAGUGACGUCGCUCUUAUACUAGUAAAUACAUACUCUCUCAAUUAUAUUUGGUCAGCAUCACAAAUCAUUACGUACAAUUUGAGUGUUAACAGUACCUUCACCAUCGUAUCGAUUAUACCAAAUAGUCAACAAUUGCUAUCACCACAAUUUGGUCCUAUUCUAUUAGCACUUAUAGCUACGCCAAGUAGCAUCAUAUUAAUGUUAGAUUCAUCCGGUAACUUAUAUAUUCUUCUUCCAUCGCCUCCCGGUUCAUAUUCAGAUCCUAGCAAAGCAUCGGUUUCGUCAUUGCUACCGUGUAUUGGUGGUACUUACAGCUCUGAGCUUGACAUUCAACCUUGUUCGCUUUGCCCUCAAGGUUUCAGUACAUAUGGUUUAACUGGUCAAUUAUCCUGUGUAAUAUGUGUGACCGGUGCCUUUUGUCCACUAGGCUCAGCUUUUGGUAACAUCUCUUCAUCUUCUUCAGUUCUCACAAACAUCAAUCAAGCUCGUGCCUAUCCGUUGUCACCGACGUCAACUCGUUUUGAUACUAUUCUAAUGGAAAACAUGUUUGUUAUUACUACCACUUCGUCAACUACUUGUCUGGUUAUGUCACCAAUGUUUUUGGCAUCGAUGAUCAUGUUAUUAGGUGCUGCCGUCGCAGUUUUGAUAAUUAUUCUCAAAUACUGCGUCAGUAAUCCUCGAGGAAAGAAAACAGAACAACGUCUCGAACAUUUUUUCAAACAAACGGAUGUAAUUGGUGAAGGCGAGUUCUGGAUAGGUGGAAUAGUUAGUUUUGCCAUAAUUUUUAUAUGUAUAUGCGGUUAUAUAUUCAGUGGUACGUAUUAUAAGCGUUAUCCAAUUGAAAAUUCAAAUGCUGGUACUGUAUUUGGUUGUGAUCCUACCUUGACGAAUGCUCAAUUCACUUCUGGCUUGAUGUCUGUCAUGGUUUCUCCGAAUGAUGAUGAAGCACUAAUCUUUGAACUCCUCGACGCGCAAACAUUUAUAUUACAGGUUGACUUUGUCAAUACGCUCUAUACAUGCACAGAUUUGACUUUAGCACAAGUAAAAGAUAAAAUAUUGCCUCUAGCUUAUUCGUCUUGCAGUGACAAUAAUGGAAGCUUAUCACUUGCGGUUCAGCUGCCUUCUCAUGGUAUUAAUUUACAAUUUUUGCUUGCUGGUAUCAAUACUAUUGGUGGUAUUCGUCUGUACCUUGAAGGAGCAGGUACUGAAGAAGAGAAUACUACUCUUGAGACUCGCUACCAACUUGUCGACCUCAUGUUUGCUCAAGUAUUUUCCUCCCCUGGUAGUGUGCUGAUAGAACAGCCAUCGUUUACUAUGCAGCUUACAAAAGUGAUUAAUCGAACUUCUCCAUUUCAAGAGAAUGGUGAAAAAGUAUUGAGCGCUUCCUGGUUACCCUAUGUUUCUGCCGAUAUCAAUCAAGUAUUUGGGGACGAAAGUGAAUAUAUAUAUGCGACGAGUUCGAAUUCACUUAUUUCUCUGUCCAUAAGUGAAGGAGCAUUUUAUGUAUUAAACACACAACAGCCGAUUGUCGAUGAGGCUGAACUCAUUUUCACUGAUAUGCUAUUCACGAUUACAUGUAUCGAAAUAUUUGGUUUCAUCUUUCUCAUAUUCAAACUUUUGACUAUUCCAUGUAGCAAAUUUCUUUUAAAAUGUUAUUUACGGAAUACAGCAUCUGAUAAAUUACUAUUCACGGGCGAUGAGAGAAAAAUGUCAGUAUUUCGGUUUUGA